UGAGAGCCCACAUUCAUGGCUGAAGGAGCCCAAAGCUUCUUUCUUUGCAGAGAAACUGAGAAGGGUGUUCAUGGGUAGUGCUAUUGCAGAGAGAACUCUUUGAAAACUUCGGCCUUUCUCACUGUUUUGAGUACCCGGAAGAAGAAGAAGAAGUAGAAGAAGAAGAAACGAGGCCGAAUAUCACGAAGAUGGCGACAAAACCCGGUGGCAAUCCGGCGACGUAUGCCCCUACUCUGCCCCGGAAAAACCUGACCCCCAUUUUUAAAGACAAGGACCUUGACUGGGUUCGACCCGACGGUCGAGGAUUCCACCAAUGCCGACCUGCUUUUUUUCGAACUGGUGCUGCAAAUGCUGCUUCUGGGUCUGCUUAUGCUGAGUUUGGGAAUACCAAGGUCAUUGUGUCUGUAUUUGGGCCAAGAGAAAGUAAGAAAGCAAUGAUGUAUAGUGACACAGGAAGGUUAAAUUGUAACGUGAGCUACACAACUUUUGCUACCCCAGUUCGUGGUCAGGGAUCAGAUCACAAGGAGUUUUCAUCAUCAGUGCUACAUAAAGCUUUGCAUGGUGCAAUAAUCUUGGAUUCGUUCCCCAAGACAACCGUAGAUGUCUUUGCAUUGGUAUUAGAGUCUGGAGGCGGUGAUCUUCCUGUUAUUAUAUCAUGUGCUAGCCUGGCCCUAGCAGAUGCAGGGAUUAUGAUGUAUGACCUUGUCACAGCUGUUUCUCUGACUUGUAUAGGGAAAAACCUUAUCAUUGAUCCUGUUCUGGAAGAAGAAAGUCACCAGGACGGAAGCCUAAUGAUUACUUGUAUGCCUUCUCGUUACGAGGUCACUCAACUAACUAUUACUGGAGAGUGGUCAACCCCAAAAAUUAACGAGGGAAUGCAGCUUUGCCUGGAUGCAUGUGGUAAGCUGGGAGAGAUCAUGAGGGCAUGCCUGAAAGAUUCAGCUUCCGCUUCUUCUUGAUGAAGAAACCGUUUUAUUAGAAAAAAUAGAUUUUAAUAUGAUAAUUAGAGAUUACAUAUCCUAGAUUAUUUGGUCUUUUGAGAACUUAACAUGGGAUCAACCAUAAUUUUGUGCUCUGUAUAUUUUUAUUUUUAUUUUUGUAUCUAAAUGGUUGGUUUCUUCAAUUAUUUCCAUUUCAUGGUGCAUUUGAAGGAAGUUUGUA